AAUUGGGACUGGAAUUCAGAUACCCUGUGGCUAUGCCAGUAGCAGGUUGCAUCGCCCUGUCCUGUUCGGAUGUGUAGCAACGUCUGUAGGCGUGUACUUUGUCACCGAUAUUGUCCUAUGCCACAGAUGUCAUCAUUCUCUCAGUGGCGAUGGUGUCCGAAGGUUUGCGUACAUGCCGGCUCAUGGGAGUAAUGAAAGUUAUUUAAGACGUGCCGCGAGGCCGCUUCUGAUCAGACCAUCCAUCUCAUUCUCAUUUUGUUGACUAUUCACCAGGGUCGUGAUCUUUAUUGUUCUCUGUGAUCACAGUGCACGAUCGUGGUCAAGCCUCGACGAGACCAAUAUGAGGGCUUUCACAAAUAUCGCCCUGUUUGCCUUGGCGACCUUGACAUCUGCCGACCUAGUCGAUUACAAGGAGCAUGUUGGCAAAGGAAGAGGUUACAAAGGUCACUGGAAGAUCCCUGAUCAUGUUUUGAGGAAGGGAGCUACCACCGUUAGCAAUGCCACUUUUCGACAGCUCAUCGAUCAUAAACGACCUGAACUCGGAACAUUCGAGCAAGCAUACUGGUAUAGCACCGAAUUCUGGAAAGGGCCUGGUUCUCCGGUUGUGAUCACGACACCCGGCGAAUUCAACGCCAGCGGCUCCGCACCAUUCUGGCUUAGCAACGCCUCUCUUCCCGGUGCUGUCGCCCAAGAGAUUGGCGCCGCAACCAUCUCUAUCGAACACCGUUACUGGGGCUAUAGUUCCCCUUUCUCCGAGCUCACGACAGCUAACCUGCAAUAUCUCACUUUGGAGAAUAGCAUCCUAGAUCUGACCAACUUCGCCAACAACGUCAAGCUGCCAUUUGCCCAUCCGCGAGUAAGCACCAACGCCGAUGCUGUUCCAUGGGUCUUGAUUGGAGGAUCUUAUGCAGGUGCAUUGACCGCAUGGACGGAGAGCGUUGCUCCGGGGACGUUCUGGGCGUAUUUGGCCAGCAGCGCGGUGGUUGAAGCCGUCUCUGACUUAUGGACAUAUUUCGUACCCGUGCAAGAGGGUAUGCCAAAGAACUGUAGCAGCGAUGUUUCUAAUGUGAUCGACUACAUGGACAAUGUUCUUGUCCAUGGUACUGCAAAAGAGCAGUAUGAUCUCAAGGCCAAAUUCGGAAUGGAGAGCCUUGAGCACAACGACGACUUCAUGGCUGCGCUUGAAACCGCACCGUGGCUGUGGCAAUAUGAGCAAUUCUAUCAGGAGUCCGGCUUCCACCAAUGGUGUGAUUAUGUCGAAAAUUCGGUCAAUCAGACAAACCAAGCCCUUUUGCCUAGCGCAGAGGGUGUCGGGCUGGUGAAGGCUUUAGAUGGCUUUGCUACAUGGUGGAAGGAUGUCUUUUUCCCAGGCAGCUGCGAAAUACUUGGCUAUUUCAAGGGCAAAUACACCGCGGAAUGCUAUGACUCCUACAACGCCAGCAAUCCGGUCUUUACCGAUAUGAGCAUGGCUAGUACUCUCGACCGGCAAUGGCAGUGGAUGCUCUGUAACGAGCCCUUCGGCUACUGGCAGGGUGGAGCUCCCGCCGGCCGCCCCUCGAUCGUCUCCCGGUUGAUCACGCCCGCAUACUUCCAACGACAAUGCGCGCUCUACUUCCCGACCGGUCCCAACGGCGAGACAUUCAAUUCCGCCCGCAGGACCGAAGCCGAUGUGAACGCAUAUACCGGCGGCUGGAACCACGUCAACACGAGCCGGCUCGUUUUCACCAAUGGCCAAUACGACCCCUGGCGCGAGGCUUCCGUGUCUGCGGAAUCUCGCCCGGGCGGGCCUCUGAAGAGUACGGCCGGGGUCCCUGUGAAUCUCGUCCCCGGUGGAAUCCACUGCUCUGAUCUGAUCAUGGCGAACGGAGCCGUGAAUGCCGGCGUGGCGGCCGUGCAGAAGGCAGAGAUUCGGCAGAUCAAGGACUUCGUACAGGAAUGGCCGGGGUCAAAGAAAGCUAAAGGGUAUGGACCGCCGCCGGAGACAUACGGUGGAUACUAAAGUGAUAGACAGUUGCGAUGAGGUAGAUCAUGUCAAGGUAUGAAAAGUAUAACGGAUCACAAUUACAGAUUAUCAGACAACUCGAUAUACGUAAGAGGGCCUAUGAGAGUUCGGGCGGUCAAUGUCCAGUUAAAUUUCAAUGCAUAUAAAGACGUCUACGGAUGUAGUCGAUCAGGUAUCAUAGCU